AUGGCAACGGCUCUGAGCAUGGACGUUCCACCAGUCCCUGCACCUCCGCAAGCACCCAUGAACAUAGACGCGCACGUCCUCACAAUGGCGACCGCCAGCGAGCCCUUCGCGAAGCCGUCUUCACCGCGCCCCAUUCCGUCUCCGGUGUCGAUCCCCCCACGUUUCGACGACGACAGCACCAUCGAUUGCACAUUCCAUAGUACUUCAGACUCCAACACACCAGCAUCACCUCGUUUCCAGCACAUCCCACCGCCACCGCCGAUCCCCGACUUCGUCUUUCCUGCGAGACCCUCGACUUCCGCUCCCUCUUCUUACUCACGCGCGACCGGCAGACGACCAAAGUCCGUAGCCGACCUGAACGACCGUGGCACAUUGUCUCCUGGGCCGGCCAGCGACACGCCCAUUCGUACAUCGCGCUCGCCCGCGCUGCCCGACUUCUCCUUUAAUCCUGGCGCUAGUCUUCCUCCCACGGCCGGCCACGCCUUCCUCAGUCCUCCUCUGUCUCCCCAUUCACCGAGGACCAUUCCUUCGCGGCCUGGCGGCGGUGGACACAGACGAGGUGGUAGUGAGUUUGUCGGCGGUAGUGUGCGCCAUGGCGAGGCCUUUACAUUUAUGAGCACCAGCCCCACAAAGUCGGAGAGUGGCCUUGCGUCGCCUCUCCUGUCUCCUCUGAACAGUCCUUCUGGACCGUCUGGCGCGCCUGGUUCCAAACCGGCUGGGCCGCCGCAUGGUCGUCGUGGACACGCCCACCGGCGGUCAGCUGCGAUUUCUAGUCAUGAUAUCUCCGACAUUUUGCAACCAACUAGCCCGAAACCGCCUUCUCGUGGAAAUAGCGCGCCAAAUAGUCCCUCUGCAUUCGACUAUAGGGAGAACAAAUCGUAUACGUUCCCAGAGAGAAAUACUACCGAGAGUGAAAAGGCGCUGUCGAUUACGGACGGCAAAGCACCCGGGGGGACGACGAAGCCCGACGAAGUAUCGGAACCGGAAGCCUCAACACCAGUACUGGAUCCGACAGGCGACCAGGAGCGUUUCUCUUCUUCGCCCAAAGCGGCUACUGCACAGCCACGAGCUCGAGUUGGAUUUUCGGACACACUUGAAUUCAUCCCGCGUCCUUUGUCUCUUGUUUCCAGCGACACCUCAAGCACAAUGACUGCCCGCCCUCCGACAGGAAGCGGCAAUCAUUCCGUGUCUGGCAGCAUCUCGUCCAUCGUCUCUCUGAAUGCAUCGAUCGCAGCUGGCAUUGAGCGUGACAGUAUUUCGCCACUUGCUCGCAGUCCGUCACGGAGCACAGUCACUGAGUCGAGGCCUAGCACUGCUGGCGCCGUUCUUGACCGGACGCAAAGCAUUAUUGGUCCCGAGGAUAAUGACGGCGUGUCACCGCGGAGACGUAACUCGAUUCCGCUUUUGGCUGCUAUGCCCGCCGAAGCUGCUGGGCCAGAAGCUGCCAUGCAAGCUCUUCCCAGCCCCAGCAAGACUCCUAAGCGGUGGUCCUUCUUCAGCCUUGACCCCUUUAUCGGUGGCAGCAGCAACAACAGCAUCAGCUCGCCCAAGGGUUCUUCCACACACAGCCCCGUCUUCACUGACGAGGCCUCACCAACGUUGGUCGAGAUCGCCAGUACCGCAGCACCGAAGGCUUCAACACAACGUCUGGAUCGCUGUGCUGCGUCUACCAACAACGCAUCCGUUGAUGACGCAAUGUCGCUCUCCAAGACCGUGACGCGGAAACCGAGCAACAACAAAAAGAAGAAGAAGGUUAAGUCAUGGGGUAUCCUGGGACGGAAGUCCAAGCCUCGUCGUAAGAGUCGCCGUGCUCCGACACCGCCUCCGAUUCGGUCUCAAGCCGAAAGCGAUGGCGAGGAGUCGAUUGAGCUGCCUGCUGAGGCAAUUGGCUUGGCGAUCAGCGAGCCUUCCACGACAGACGGUUUCUCCGUGCCGCCCGUUGUUCUUGUGACUCCCUCGGGCUCGCCUUCUGAGCCGCGUGAGGAAUUUUCGUCGUGGCAGCCACUUCCGUCCCCGUCUCUUUCUGUUCCCGACGAUGACGCAUCCCUCCCAAUGAUCGACCUCGAUGCUGCCUUGGGCCCGUUCAAUACUCCUCUUCCCCGCAACGCUGAAUGGGAAGCUGCGCAGCGGGCUGGUGGCCUGUCGAAGAGACAGUUGCACAGUGCUGCUGGUAUGACCCGCUUCACUGGUCCCGGCAUGCACUAUUCCCAUCGUCGUGCUGAGAGUGCGCCAGAAAUGCCGCCUUUCAACCGAGCGGGCAUCCCCCGUUUCAGCAGCUCGACCGCUAUGGCAGAUGUGUUUGAAGAGGAGGAGGAGGAGGAGAACACGGCCGCUGACACGACUGAGGAGACGAAUUCGAUCGCAGUUACUACCCAGGAACAAGAAGGUGGCUCGAAGUCGACUUCCGUUCAUUCGACGUCCUCUCUGUCCAGCACGCCACCUCGCCAACCAUCCGAGUUCCCAUCGGACUUCCCUGACCACCACUCCAACAGCAUCGACAUCCGCGUCACGUCGUCCGACGGUGCCGAGGGCUCCUCCUACGACCGCGGCCUCGACUUCUCAUCUGCCGCCAGUGAUGAUGCCACAUCGUCUAUUGCUCUGAGUCGCCGUGGCAGUGGACUCAGCGGACUGAGCGACGACGACAAGACUCAGCCAAGCAUGGGCCUCAAGUCUGAGUACUCCGCCAGUUCACUCCACGACGAUGUGAUUGUUGAAGAGGAUACGGGCAGCUUCACGUUUGGUGACGAUGGCUGCGACUUCGUUAUGGAGUCUUCGUCCGACUCGACCAUUCACUCACCUGGCCGGCUCAUGAAGGGCAAGGAUCUGGCGCCCGUUGAAAUGAGCCCGCUCCACCUGCCGGCGACCGGCUCCCUUGCGCCCGUCAGUCCGUACUCGAUGGCCCCGUCGUCUGCCUUCCCUUCGCCUCGCUCGCCCAUGUCGUACGAUGCCAACCGGAUCUCGACUGCGCCCUCGUCCGUGACAGAGGACAACUUCCAGUCUCUCCUUUUGGGCGAGCCGGGCCCGGAGGUCCGUAUUUCGAGCGACAUUCCGUCGUUGACCAGCAGUAAUUCGACUAUGACGCGCGAAAGCGCCGCUCACCAGAACGGACCGCAAUACCCGCCUCUGGGUGGCCAACCUCGCGCGUACCUGGCAUCUCGUGGCAACGACCGGCCCGCAUCGUUCACGUCGACAGCCUUUGGACGUAGACGCUCUAGUUUGGCUAGUCUGCACAGGUUGAUCAGCACGUCGCACGGCGAGCGGAGUAAGCUGUCGAUGGAGGUACAGCUGGACAGCGCGAGCACGACCAGUGGCACGGACCCCGAGAAGAAGGGCAAGUACAGCAAGGCGAAGCGUAUCAGCCGGAUGGUGCAGUUCUGGCGUGCGAAAGAUGAGGCUACUUCGUGA